GAGGCGCGGCGGCAACAUGUGGCGCUUUCUGUCUCUCGCGUGUGUGAUGCUCGUGUGCUCGGUGGAUGGUCACCGCGACCACGAACACGGUCAUGACCAUGGCCACGACCACCACGGUCAUCACGGUCACGUUUACGGACAUGGCAACGGAGAAGUAGGGGGGCAGCCGGUUGUGACGUCAGAGUCCGGGCAGUUCCGUGGUGGGUACAACGUGACCCGUCGCGGUCGACGGUUCGAGUCCUACCGCGGCAUCCGGUAUGCGGAACCUCCGGUUGGGGAGCUGCGCUUUCAGCCCCCAAAGCUGAUCGUGAAAUACGAGCGGCCGGUGGACGCCAGCGAGGAUGGACCUGCGUGUCCCCUACCCGCUCCACCCACCUACCCUGUUGACGAGGACUGUCUCACCAUCAACGUGUACACGCCACUGAAGAGGGACCGGAAGAAACCUCUCCCGGUGAUUUUCUUCAUCCACCCUGGCGGAUUUUACUCGAUGACGGGCCGCAGCGACCUGGCUGGACCUCAUUAUCUCCUGGACAAAGAUCUGGUGCUGGUCACCAUCAACUAUAGACUUGGCUCUCUUGGGUUCAUGAGCACGGGCGACGCCCUGGCGCCAGGCAACAACGGGUACAAGGACCAGGUGGCGGCUCUCCGCUGGGUGCAGCGGAACAUUGCGGCAUUCGGCGGCGACCCUGGCAGCGUGACGGUGGCUGGCUGCAGCGCUGGCUCCAUCAGCGCCAUGCUGCACAUGAUCUCCCCCAUGUCUAAAGGUCUAUUCCACCGAGCAAUAUCUAUGAGCGGCUCUCCCACGGAGAAGGCCCCCAACCCGCCGCACCAGAGACACUUGGCCGUGCGACAAGCGGAGAUACUCAAUUGUCCCACCAACUCCUCCAAACUCAUCAUCGACUGUCUCAAGACCAAAACUUGGAGGGAGAUGGGAAACUCGCUGUACGGCUUCUAUGAAUUCGGGUUCGACCCCGUCGGCAUCUGGACUGCGGUGGUGGAGCCCGACUUCGGACAGGAGAGGUUCUUGACAAUGGACCCGGCCCAGGCGAUACGAGAAGGCAAAAUGCACGCAGUCCCGCACAUCAUCAGUCAGACCCAGGACGAGUUCUUUUGGAUGGCAUACACAAUACUUCGUAACGAAACACUUCUGAGGCAGAUGAAUGAGGAGUGGGAGCGAGUAGCACCCAUCUCUUUCUUACUACCGAGACACAACUCGGAGACGGCGACCCGGCGGCUUCGCGCGGAGUAUCUCCACGACCAGCCUCUCGCCAACAACGCCAGGAGCGGCCAUGACCUUGGGAGGCUUUACGUCGACUCUGUUGAGAGCUUCCCUGUUCACAGAAUGGCAAAGCUGAUGAGUCUACACUCGCCCCAGCCGGUGUGGUUCUACGAGUGGGGCUACAUCGGUAACCACAGCCACUACGAGGACCCCGACACCAAUAAACCCACUGGCGCGGCCCACCACGACGAGCUCAUCUACCUCUUCACGCUGAGCUACCGGUUCCCGGCCAUCGGUACCGACUCCCUGGACGGCUCGCUGGUAGACCGGAUGACUGCCAUCUGGUACAACUUCGCGAGAUUCAGUGACCCGAACCCGCGCGGUGACACUCCAGAGCUAGAGGGUCUACGGUGGCCCACGAUGACGUCACAGGAGAGGACCUAUCUCCGGAUUGACGACAAGUUCUCCUUGCACAAGAACCUGUUCGACGAAAAAGCCAAGAUAUGGGAAGAGUUGUACCCGAUACAAUAUUAGAUUAUAAUAUCAAAAUAUUUCACAUUAAAUACUUUAAUUAAUAGAGUUUGACGUUUGUAAAUCAUAAUGUAUAUUAAUAAAACUGAAAUGUUAAAAA